AUCCUAAUUUCUUUACGACCUUCUGCACGCACUGAUUGGCACAUUGAGUACAAGUGCUUCCGAGUUUAACUUUGUCGUUCAAGGAUUUUGUCAGCAUAGAUACCGAUAUGUUUUAUUUCCGAUUUCACUCCUUCAUUUGUCGAGCAGUCAUUCAGCUGUACUCAUAUUUCACUUGAUCUUUAUUUUAUUCUUUUCUGAGGCAGUGGUACGAUCUUAAACCAAGUGAAACAAACAAAAAAAAAAAAAACAUGACAUGAGUCGGAUUUGUUUUGUCAUGAAGCCUUAUGUGCGGUGAUCUUAAUAAGAAGCGGAUGGAUCCUCUCUUCCUGAACGCUCCCCCCGUCCUCCACCUCCCCACUCCUCCUUCAGGCCACUUCACCAGAUGGUGCAGCCUUUUCUUUUGUUUACUCAUCCUGCUGGACUUUUAUCUGGCCAUCCUCAUUCUCUGAAAUGGAAACUGCGCUACAGAGCUACAUCCAUUGAACAUAGAGGAGCGAUUUGUGGGCGGGGCAAGAUUCCAGCAUGGAAGGAUGCACUUGGGACGCUGAAUAGCCGGGUCCAGUCUGGAAAAAUGACGCCUGGAUAGGAAUGUUUCUGUAGCAAUGCUCAGACACAUCUGCUGGUUCUGACAAGAGGGCAACCAUGUGGGACAUUCAGAAUUGAUGGACACAAUAAAACGUUGCCAAGAUGUAUAAACAAGUGGAUUCUUCUUCAAGGAGGCGGACUAGAGGUGGGAGUGAUCCUCACAGGCCACAGUCUCCUUCCACCUCCUCGUUCCAGCAAGGUCGUAUCCGUGCUGUAGAGGUAGCCAGAGGACGGACGGGGUACGGGUUUACUCUGUCAGGUCAAAGUCCAUGCGUCCUCAGCUGCAUUCUGAAAGGAAGCCCGGCUGACUAUGUGGGUUUACGUUCAGGCGAUCACAUCCUCUCUGUCAACGACAUCAAUGUCUCUAAAGCAUCGCAUGAAGACGUGGUGAAACUCAUUGGACGGUGCUCGGGCAUCUUAAAGCUGGUGAUUGCGGAGGGGGAGCGUCACAGGCGACACCCACAUCAUCACCAACACCACCACCAUCGCAGCAUCGGAAGCCGUCACCACAGCAGCAGCGCCAUGGGAGCAACGUACCUGGAUUCCUGUUCCAGCGAUGAAGAGUUUGACAAUUUCUACGACAAUGGUGGCUACUACAACAAUAGCAGCAAGACUGGUCGUGGUUCACAAGGCGCUUGGAUGAAGCCCAAGAUGGAUUCCAAGCAGCUGGGCAUCAACAGGGCAGAGAAGGUGGUGGCUGAGCUUCAGUCCGGUGGAAUUUUCAACAUGAUCUUCGAGAACUCCAGCCAUUCGUCAAGCAGCUCGGACAAAGAUAGAUCAUCAGCCAAACCUCGCCCACUGUCUGAGCCAGACUACCCACCUUAUCGUAAACCUUCCCGGUCUCACAGCAACCCAAUACUUCUUUCGGAGGAGGAGAUGGCUCAAGUUCUAAAUGACGAUUCAGUGUUUUUGGACUCAGACUUCCAUCAUCUGAGCCUUCACCACCACGAGCAAGAUGCGGAUGUAGGAGAAGGAGGUGACUUGAUUCUUGAGCCCAGCGAGGGCAUCCUCAACGUAGGCAUGAUCGUGGGCUACCUGGGCUCCAUUGAGUUGGCUUCCACCGGUACAAGCCUGGAGAGUGACAGCCUGCAAGCUAUCAGAGGCAGCAUGAGACGCCUCAGAGCAGAGCAGAAGAUCCAUUCACUGGUCCUCAUGAAGGUCAUGCACGACUGCGUGCGUCUGUGCAGCGACAGGGGGCAGAUUCUAGCAACUUACCCUGCAGAGAAACUGGCUUUCAGCGCCUGUUGUCCUGACGACCGGCGCUUCUUCGGGCUGGUGACCAUGCAGGCCACCGAUGAUGAGUUCCAUUUUCUUCAUGGGAUGUAUGACGACGGUGGGUUGAGGACCUCCUGCCACGUGUUCAUCGUGGACCCAGACCUCUGUCACCACCAGGUUCACUCUGGAAUAUCCAGGAGGUUUGGCUUCGAGUGCACCCCUGAUCCUGACACAGGGGGCUGUCUGGAGUUCCCCACAAGUUCUCAGCCUCUCCUUCAGUUUGUGUCGGUCCUCUACCGGGACAUGGGGGACAACAUUGAAGGUGUCCGGGCUCGGGCUUUCCAUGAUCCUGACAACGAUGCUCAGCAAAACCACAGCACGAGCAGCAACAGCGACAGUGGGAUUGGCAACUUUUUGCCUGAGGAGAAGAGCAACAGAGUGCUGUUGGUUGACCUUGGAGCUCCCCUGAACCAGCAUGUCUCCGGGGGGUCACGGCACUGGGAAAACUCCUCAAACUCACAGCAGGCAUGGAGCCCCACCCUAGGAGCCGCACCUUCUCACCCUCAGCCUGGUCUGAGAAAUGGCCACUUCCACUAUGAAUCCCACCAGGAUGAGAUCCUACAACCUCUCCCCCUGGUCCACUCUGAUGUCCAGGGCAGACACUCCCGAGGGGUGCACCCUCAUCACUACCCUCCUGGACUAAGAGGAGGGGCCAUGGGAGGAGGAGAGAAGAGAGGGGCUGUAGGAGGAGUGAGUGCAGGGGUGGAGUCGCAGCGCUGGCUGCCCGUCCAUGUGCUGCGGGACUGGCAUCAGCAGCAGCACCACCACCACCACCACCAGGGCCUGAACAGUGAUCAGGAGUCGUAUGCCGAAUCCACUGACGGAUGGUCAUCAGCCAACUGCAGCACCCUGCCCCCACCCAUGAGUAAGAUCCCAGCUGACCGAUACAGGGCCCCGCUGGCCCCAGGAGACCACCUGCCGCCGCCUCCGGGAGCCACACAUGUCCCGUCACACACUCAACAGCGGUUGACGGCGAUGAAGGAGGAGUGGGCCAAGAGCCUGUUUGGAGCUGAUGAGCGGGACAGAGAGAGGAGGGCAAGAGAGAAGAAGCGUGGCAAGACAAAGGAAGGAAAGGGAAGUCGAUUCCGUGGGUUGACCAUGGGUUUUCCUGCGAUCCACCCGCGCUCCUCAGCCAGGCGCUCCUUCGGUCGCUCCAAACGUCUGAGCAUGGCACGCUCCCUUGAUGACCUGGAGUCUGCUGCAGUCUCCGACGGAGAACUGAACAGUGUGGAACUGCAGGGCUGCAGCAGUGACAACAGCCUCAACAGUAAUGCCAGCCUCCCCAGUGUCCAGAGUCACCGACGGCACACGGAGAGGAGAGUGGCCAGCUGGGCCGUCUGUUUCGAGAGACUUCUUCAGGACCCGGUGGGAGUUCGCUACUUCUCGGAAUUUCUAAAGAAGGAGUUCAGUGAGGAAAACAUUCUGUUCUGGCAGGCCUGUGAGUUCUUCAGCCACGUCCCUGAGAAUGACACCAAGCAGUUGUCUCAGCGGGCCCGAGAAAUCUACAACAGCUUCUUGUCCAGUAAAGCCACCACUCCCGUCAACAUCGACAGCCAAGCUCAGCUGGCGGAUGAUAUUCUCAACGCACCGCAACCUGACAUGUUCAAGGAGCAGCAACUGCAGAUAUUCAAUCUGAUGAAGUUUGACAGCUAUACGCGCUUCCUCAAGUCUCUUCUGUACCAAGAGUGUAUGUUAGCUGAGGUGGAGGGCAGGCCCCUUCCGGAUCCAUACCACAUUCCGAGCAGCCCCACCUCCAAACACAGCACCACCGGCUCAGACCGCUCCAACCUGUCCACUCCUAAGAAGGAAGACAAAAAGAGCAAGUCGGGGCGAUCGCUCAACGACGAAAGUCGAGAUGAAGGAGGAGACAGGAGGAAGGGAAUGUUCUUUUCCUGGUCUCGCAACAGGAGCUUUGGCAAAGGACCCAAAAAACGAGAGCUGGCUGACCUGAAUUACAAUUUGUCUGGCAGCAAUGGUAGGCGUGAAUCUCAAGGUUCCCUGUCAUCAGGAGCCAGUCUGGAGCUUGCAACAUCAGGCUCAGGCAGAAAUGAGUGUGAUGGCGCGGUGUCUGCGUCAGCAGACCGUAAAGGCAGCAGCGCCACCUUAAGGCAGUGUAACAUCAGCCUGCCCGACGGGUCCUGUUGCUCGGUACCACUGAGAGCCGGAGUGUCCAUCAGAGAUCUGCUGCUUGGCCUCUGUGAGAAACUCUGUGUGAACCUGGCAGCUAUCGAUCUCUUCCUCGUCGGAGGGGAGAAGCCACUUGUUUUGGACCAAGAUUGUAUGACGCUUUGCUCAAGAGACCUGCGAUUAGAAAAACGCACUCUGUUUCGACUGGACUUGGUUCCAAUAAACCGGUCAGUGGGCCUCAAAGCAAAACCCACCAAACCAGUGACUGAGGUUCUGAGGCCCGUCGUUGCCAAAUAUGGCCUGCACCUCUCAGAUCUGGUGGCACGGAUUAGUGGGGAGUCAGAACUUUUAGAUUUAGGUCUUCCGAUAUCCAAUCUGGAUGGGCUUCGAGUGGUAUUAGACAAAGCAGAACACACUUCUGGAAAAGGUGCGCCAUCUAAAGGCCACGGUCAGCCUUUCACAAACAGAAACCAGUCAACAACAGGCGAGGACAGGCCAACACAGAAGCCCGGGUCCAUAAACCCUCAUGGGGAAAACGGCAAGGCUGGCCCCAGCAGCCGGCCGUUACCAAACCACUCUGUCUCUCUCCUUAAGGCUCCGGAGAAACGAAAGCAGAAAACCAUUAAUAUAGAUGAAGCAGAAGAGUUCUUCGACCUCAUAUCCAAAGCUCAGAGCAACCGAGCCGACGACCAACGAGGCCUGCUGAACAAAAGUGACCUACAGCUCCCAGACUUUUUGCGUCUGUCGCCAGUAGCAACGAACCAGGCGGCGCCUCCUCCCUACUACGCUGAGCCCAGUUGCUCCACCCCUAAUUCCCACAACCAUAACAACGGCAGCUUCCCCAGCAGCGGUCGCCAGGGCAACAGCAUUGACAGGGGAGGAGGAAUCUGUUUGCUUAAUUCAAGCCAUCAGUCCCAGAGUCUAGAUUCGGCCAUGGACAGCCGAGGGGGGAGGAACGGCAGACCCUCUCCGCUAUUCCCUGAGACGAUCUCUCCCAUCCACUCCGCCCGGGAUGCCUGUCAGCUGAGGGACUCGGGCAGGGGGGAGUCAUGCCAGAUGCUGGAGGAGGACACGCUCUCGGACCUAACUCUAGUGGGAGAGGGGGACAUCAACAGCCCCUGCCUCAACUACGUCACCCCGUCGUCGCUGCCAAACAAAUCCCAAGCACGAGCGCAGGAUAGCCGGCCAAGCUCAGGUACCUCCCCUGUGUGAACUUUCCUCUCCACCUAAUUGCAAGUGGGACCUUGCAAGUUCACCCCAGAGCGUGAACGAAUGCAUCCAGCAAUCCGUCAUUGGUCCUGUCAAACACCACGUCAAAAGAUCUCAAGACGAUUAUUGGAUGCAUUGGUAACAACCCGCCACCAAAAUUCCCUGAGUGGAGUGUUUGAGCUCAGUUGCUGUGGAUCUUUAUUGAAGUUGUUUUCUGGAGGGUGAGAGGACUUCAGCGCGAAGCCUCGCCGUCCUCCUUGUACAGAACUUCUCAAUGCACUUUAGCCAAUUAGAAGACAAGUUGUAUCUUUUCUCAUCUGUUAAAAUUCAACAAAGUUAGUUCUCUGCUGGCAAACUUACCAUAAUCAGCCAGGCAGCGCGCCGUGACGGACCCAGCGACUGCUCUCCGGUGUCCUUGCCGACUCUUGCUUCUGAAGGUGCAUAUUUGCUCAACCGCGUCCUCGAAUCUUCUCCUCCAGUUUCUGACAAAAAUCAUUUGCUCAACGGGAUGUCUCCAAAAUCUUAUUCAAUAAGACACAUUUACUGUCUUUUUUCCAAACUUUUUUAAAAUUGUAUUUAUUCAUUUAACAUUCAUGUCCAGACUGAGAACUGCGUAAAAUUGGUGUUGCUCAAUGCUGUAUUUAUUUAUUAACGUUUGCCCAUCGAUGGUAAAGGUGAUCCCGAAAAAAAAAAAAAAAAAACUUCAUGCCAUUCUGUUGGCCAUUUUGCCUCAAACUCGACGCCAUAUUUGUUAUGAUGGAGGAGCGUGAUGUUGAUUUGGCGACCAUGAAACACACCUUUGUCCGAUUAGUUUACACCAAGUUUUGGUUUCCUCUGCCACCUGCACGCCAGCUAGCCAAAUCAUUUUGGGAAUCUCUUUUUUUCUUGAUCCAAGAGCAGCUGGUGAGGUCACAGCUCAUGAAAGCUGGAGUGGCCUCUCUGCACGAUAACAUAUCCGAGCAACAGCUCAUGUAUUUGAAUGCUAAAAGCCUUUCAGAUUACCUUCCAAGUGCUCUGGUAAGUGCGAUCCACCCUUCAUGUUCCAUUCAUCUUUUGUGAACCUUAGACGUGCAAGUCCUGCGAAUGCAAGGGGUUUUCAAGUUCAUUCGGGUUAGUCGCCGUGAUAAACAUUUCUAGCACUACAUCGCCUUCUGUAUUUUCUGUACAAUAGUCCUGAGAACACAUUAAUUUAUGAUUAACCUGUACUGUAUGAGUUAACAGUGUUUAUUUGUACAUAGUGAAGAUUGUAAAAAGCAGUGUUACUAUAGUCACCAUUGAAGCGCAGCGCUGCCAAGCCACCUGACUUCGCUGUUGUGUUGGAAUAUUCUCUAUCUAUGCUGUCUGUACAUAGAGCAAAUAAAUGUUGGAGGUGAAACGUUUCUCUUAACGUCAUGUGAUCGCUUCAGUUCUUUUCUCCAUUUCCUCUUUGUUUCCUUUUUCUUGACUGGAAAAUAUCGUGAUACCUUCGAUGUCUUCAACUGGUGUGUACUAGAAUUAAUCCAGUCCAUGUGGUUUUCUGUCCGUAUGUGGGUGGACUGACCUGUCUCGGCCCGAGUCGCUGGGAUACCUCA